CUGGCAGCGUUGCCAAUCGGGUGGUAAUUACCACAUUUUGUGGUAAUUUAAGGUCUCGGUGGUAUUUCAGGUGGUAAUUUUGCCCCGGUGGUAAAUUGGUGGUAACUUUAAAUUAAUUAGGGAAAACAACGAACACUGAGAAUUCCGCUUUCAGGUAACCUGAUUGAUUUCCCAUUCAACACAUUCAAUCGAUAUAAUAUUACAAUAUGUAUUCAGAUUGUUGUUGUUUUUAAUACUCUAUGCUAAGAUAGAAAUUGACGGUUGGCAUAGUUAGUCUAUGAUAACAACAACACCAGGGAUAUUUAGUCUAUGCUGUUAGUAAUAGUGUUAGUGUUCUUCUUCUCUUGAAUUUUGGUUUCUAUUUUCUUAUUUCUUCUAGUGAAGUUAUUCAGUUGAGAUAAGUUGAUCAGUUUAAUGGAUGAUAAGAUUUCAUAGCCGUGUGAGUUGGCUUUAGUUAAGUACGUUUUUCCAAGAUACGUAAGAUUUCAAGUUUUCUUUAUCGUGCAUUUUAAUCCGUGGACCUAGAAUAGUAAAGUAUGUAGUGAAAUUGUGUAGACUGUGGCCAAGGUAUAGGCUACAAAAAUGUAGCAAUAUUUUUUCUUCUCGGACUAGCCCAUUAUUUUUAUUGUGUUCAUGUCAUAACUGUUAGUAGUGCUUGGCCAAUCUUUUCCCCUUGGACCAUUAUUUUAUAGUGCAUAUAACUUAAGAACGUAGAUCUCUUUUUUGCAAUGCUAUUUUUCUUCUUGGACUAUUAUUUUUAGAGUGUAGAUGACACUUUUGAGAGCUAGCUUUGCUGCUUUAAGUUCAUACAAAUCAUUUGUUUUGUAAAUAUGAUUAGGGGCCUAUAGCUAGGUAACGACCUAGUCCUAUUUAUGCUUUGUAAUACCUACUACUAGCCUAUCUGCUCUGCUUCAUAAUUGUUUUCCCUAAGCUUAACUAAACAUCACCUAACUAUAGUUAGUGUUGGCCUAACUAAUUUACAUUUUCCAUUUACAAUCCAUCUAACUUUGAACUAGCUUUAUUGACAUGAAUCUCUAAUUGGACUAACUUAAGUUACUAAGAUGGAUAAGUUUAUUAUUAAAGGUAGGCCUAAGCCUAAGAAAGAUGAAGAUGAGAAAAAAGACAAAGAUGAUGAAAGUAGACAGAGCAAGUCGUUUGUAGAAAGCUCACAUGGUGAAUCGAGCAAAAAAUCUAUUUGGCCUAGUUCAAUGUCUCUUGCAAUCCCAAUGGAGUACGAAGACUUAGGAAUAGAUCCAGAUGAUCCAGAACCAUUAGGUCAAAGCUCUAGUGAGGAGGACCAGGUUAAUAUUGCUGCUAGUAGCAAGGAAACUGAGCUUGAUACAGACCUAGCCGUACACUCAACUUCAAAUACCACCCAACCAAAAACUGCUGCUAGGCCUAAAAUUGUGUCUAGGUUUACCCAUACUGCCACCAUUAGGCCUAGUAAAAAAGAAAGAAAAUUCAAUUCAAACUGGUUGAAUGACCCCCAGUUCAAAAACUGGCUACAAAAAAAAGUCAAAGAAAGAACCGGACAAGACAUGGCAUAUUGUAGUGUCUGUGAUGCAGUCAUGGGGGCGCAUAAAACAGAGAUUGUGCGUCAUGGAAAGUCCCUCAAGCACCUAAAAUUAAUCAAGGAGAUAGCCACUAACAAAGACUUAAAAAAAAUUGUUCAAAGAACUACAACAGAUAAAAGUGUCAAACGAGCAGAAUUAAAAUUAGCCGGCCUAAUUGCAACCAACAACCUGCCCUUUUCGCUGAUGGAUACAUUGAUUCCGCUGUGCAAAUCGGUCUUUCCGGACUCAGAAAUUGCUGCUAAACUGUGUAUGAAACGCACUAAAACAACAACUGUGAUUAAAAAAGCCUUAGGUCCCGCAUUCAUGGAAUUGAUUUACCAAAAACUAAGGGCACCAGGAUCGUUUUUCUCCUUGAUCAUGGAUGAGACAACGGAUCAGGCAUCGGUUAAUCAAUGUGCCCUCACAGUUAUCUAUAUUGAUGAUGUAACUGGAACGCCAAAAACUAAUUUAUUUGACAUGUUUGAAGUCAAAUCUAGCACUGCUGAUGAAUUAUUCACUGGUAUGAUGAACUCGCUGAAAUCAAAAAAUAUACCCAUUGAAAACUUAGUGGGAUUUAGUUCUGACACAUGUAAUGUGAUGGUGGGGCAGCAUCAUUCGGUUUUUUCACUUUUGAAAAUAGAAAUCCCUCACAUUGCAUGUGUCAAGUGUUCUUGCCACAUGAUCCACCUGGCGGCAAGUAAAGCAUGUAUGAAGUUACCAAAGACAGUGGAGGAUUUGCUCCGAAAUCUUGGGGCUCACUUCAGCAGAAGUUUUGGGAGACAGUCUGCCUUUGUACAGUUCCAAGAGUUUUUUCAAGAGGAAAUCCACAAAAUACUAUCACCAGCAGUAACAAGAUGGCUGUCAUUAAAAUCUUGCGUUGACAGAGUGAUUGAACAAUUUCAACCGUUGAAGGCCUACCUGCUGACCGCUUCUGUCGAAGACCCGUCAAACACAGUGGAUAGCAUGUUAGCUGCUAUGAACAACCAAUUUAUCUACUUAUACUUGGAGUUUAUGUCUUAUGUUCUUGGUAUGCUAACAGAUUUUAAUGUAAUGUUUCCAAUCCGAAACACCACUUCUCCAUAG